AUGGAAUCAGGUUGUAUUCGAGAAGAAUAUGGGGAUCCGCAUAUGGUUGGCCAUCGGUCUUCUCCUACUCAGGGUCUGUAUAAUAAAUGUAAGAAAUAUCCGGAUUUGAAAUUUCACUGUGGAACUAGUGUUGACGAAGUACGUGAUUUAUCCUCGAAACCUUCGUUUACGAUUUCGUCGAGAGGAGCAGAGAUGGAAAGAGUGGAUUGUGAUGUUUUUUUGGCCUGUGGUGGGAUUAAAUCGAGGAUGAGGGAGAUGAUGUUGAGGGAUUGGGGGGUAGAUGCGGAGGUGGUGGAUUCGGAACAGGCGGCUUAUAGAAUUUUACUUACGAGGGAACAGAUGGAGGAUGAUCUCGAUUUUUUGGAAUUAAUCGACACCUCCGGCAUCGGCGAUCAUCGCCACAUAAUUGCCUACCCCAUCUCCUGCAAACGCAUCUACAACAUCUCCACCACCCAACCGGAUAUCAAUCCCGCCAUUUCCCCCUCGAAAACCUAUACCACCAAAGAAUCCGAAACACCAUGCUCAAAGGCUUGA